UCAUCGUGGCAGUAUGCGUUACCGGGCUGGGCCAUCAGGAACUGAUUUCCUAAUAGUUGGUCCCAACCUAUUGUUGAUGAAUUUGUCUCUCAAUUCCAACGUCAUCUCACAAUAACACAUCAAACUCGAAAUGGAUAUAAUAUAUUGUUCCAACGGAAUUCAUCUUAAUUCGUCAUCAUAUAUAAUCACAGUUGAUCAGUCAUCAUCUUCCCCAGGACCACAAGCCUACAAAAGGACCUCAACUAUACCCACUGCUUGGACAAAAUACGAAUAUCAACAGCGGGUUGCUUCUCUACUUUGGCUCAGUUCGUCGACACGCUUUGAUCUCAGUUAUGUCAAUUACUAUCUUUCACAUUUUACAUCAAAAACAAGGAAACAACAUGAAGCCAUUCUACAACAUGCAAUUCGCUAUCUUUUCGGCAGUCGAAAACUCGGCCUUGUAUAUCAAAAAUAAAAGGUCAUACAACUUCCCUUCAUUUGUACGCGGAUGUCAAUAUUAGCACCAUCACUUCGUUUGGCCACCUCAUAUAUCACAACAAGCAUCUCAUUCAAUGGAAGGCACGCAAACAACCAGCAACCAUUUUUCAUUCUUUGAAU